CCGCCGCCGCCGCCGCCUCCUGAUGACGCGCGGCCGCCCCGUGACGCGGCGAGGCGCCGGCUCCGCGGGCCCGAAACGGCGGAGAUUCGCCCCCGAACAGGCGAGCCAGUACCCUCCCCACCCGGACGGCAGGGACAUGGCAAGCGGACACCCAGCCCCGGGCGCCGCCGCCCACGGCCGCCCCAACACACCGCGACAGCGGCCGCGGUGACGCCGCCCCGCCCCGGGGGCGGGAUGGACGCGGAGAGCGCCGGCGGCCGCGACAGCGCUGCAGAAGCAGGAGCAGGACCAGGAGGAGGAGGAGGAGGACAGGGGGACUUCGUGUCCGCCCUCCCUCCCGAGGUGAGCUCCCGGAUUUUCGGCGGCCUGGACGUGGAGAGCCUGUGCCACGCGUCUUCGGCGUGCAAGGGCUGGCACCGCGUCAUCGAGGGCAACGAGCGGCUGUGGCGGCACCACUGCCUGGCCGUGCGGGCCGUCUGCCGGAGAGAGAUCGACUGCGACCGCGGGAACGGCUACUCCUGGAAGAUCACAUUACUGAGGAACUACUGGAAAAGCAAAGUGAAGCAAGAAUGGCUGAGUGGGAAAUACAGCAACAUUCCUUCACAACACAGCUUGCCAGAGAAAAGCAUGUAUCCCAUGGUUGUUGACACAUGGGGAGAAAUCUUGGAAGCAGAACUUGAAAGAUAAGAAACCACUGCUGAUUCUUGCAACUCAAAAACCUUUUGCCAAUGGCACACAAACAUUUUGGCAGUUGUUGAACUGAUUUUGAGUGAUUUUUAAUUGAUUUUGAACUGAUGAUGAAAGUUUCUCAAAAGAAGUUACAGGUGUCUUUUUUUUAUUUGCACUUUAUCAUAUUAAUUUUAUGUAAAAUUCUAAAUAAGACUAAUGUUCAGUUGUAAUUUAUAUUUAUAAAUUAUUGCUCUGCUGUAUUGUCAAAAAUAUGUUGAUUGUACUUUCAAUUGGCAUUUUUUCUUUUGGAAGAGAUGACUUUUAUUUAAAAAAAAGAAAGGUGUGUUUGACUUGAAGUGUAUCCUACCAGCAGCACAUGAGAGCCCACAAAGGAAGACUGGGUUACGGACAAAUACAGACACUGGAAAGAAAAGAAGAUGACAAGGUGGCCACCUCGCUAUCAGCUGAACAUUCCCAGUGACCAUCUCAAGGGACAAAGUCCUCAGAAGGAUCUCUGAACUUGCACCCCAGUUUUUGGCACCAACUUGAAAAACUGCUGUUGGUAAAAGAGGAUGUACCUGUCUCGUUAUCUAACAUAAAAGUGACCACAAAUUCAAUUUAUUACAA